AAGUAAAGCAUCAAAAAUGCUUCGACUACAGCUGUCAAAGAUUCUCCCGGCUGUCCAUUCUUGCAAUUCUUGCAGAAAGGGUUUCGUUAGUCGAUCCAUAACCUUGUUCAGUUGGUCCCGGUAUAGCUGUUCAUUGCAAAAAGUUAGUGUACAAGAAAAAAACUUUCGUAGUCAAGCGAAAAUGUGUUCCGCCGUAAAUGCAACUUCUGAGUCGAAACGAUUUAAGGAGAGCGACAGUCUAGUAAUCGGUACACACGACGGCAUAUUCCAUUGCGAUGAACUACUGGCGUGCUUUAUGUUGCAACAGCUUCCGCGUUAUGCUAAUGCAAGCAUUCAAAGGACGCGGGAUAACGAACAACUGGAUCAAUGUGACAUCGUUGUAGAUGUCGGGGCAGUAUUUGAUCCCAAGAAAAAUCGCUUCGAUCAUCAUCAAUCCAGCUUUCAAGAAACGCUCAAUUCAUUACGACCUGAGAUAAAGGUGAAACGCGAAAUUCGAUUAAGUUCUGCUGGUUUGAUUUAUACGUAUUUUGGAGAAGAAGUCAUCCGAAUUAUUCUGGCGAAAAAUUCUGUACCCGAACCGGCGGAUGAUAUGAUUCGUGGCGUUUACCGGAAAGUGUAUGACAAUCUAAUUGCUGAAUUAGAUGCCAUUGAUAAUGGAGUGCCUAUGUUCGACGGAGAACCAAAAUACACUAUCAAUUCACAUCUUAGUGCUCGCGUCGCUAGGUUUAAUCCGGCGUGGAAUGAAGAGGCUGUGACGGACGCAGAUGUAUUCAAACGAUUCGAGAAGGCAAAGGCUUAUGUGGGAGAGGAGUUCGUUGAAAAGGUGCUAUAUUAUGCUAUUUGUUGGUGGUCAGCCCGGGAGCUUGUGAUCAAUGCGGUAAAAAACAGGAUGAAAGUUCAUUCCUCGGGUGCAAUUCUAGAGCUCGAAAGAUUUUGCCCUUGGAAGGACCAUCUUUAUGAGCUGGAAGAAGAGCACAACAUUGUAGGACUUCCCAAGUAUGUUAUCUACUUCAAUAAGGAAAAUGAUUGGCGCGUCAUUUGCGUUCCUCUACAACCGGCGAGUUUUGUUUGUCGCAAGUUCUUAGCUGCACCUUGGCGAGGCAAGAGAGACAAAGAUAUAGUGGAUAUCGAAGGAUUUACUUUCUGCCACCAAACCGGAUUCAUUGGCGGUAACAAAACUAGAGAAGGAGCACUUCAGAUGGCUGUAGCAAGCUUAGAAGCAACUGAGGAAUAAAAAUUCGUGCUUAAUAAAAUUUUAUCCUGCAACGUUAGAAAAUUUU